GGGCUCAGGCUCAGGCUCAGGCUGGCUCGCUCAGGCUCAGCCUCAGAGAGAAAGAAGAACAAACGAAUCAUUACACAGUCUCGUGAUUGCUUCGAAACCGAUUUCACCAUAACGCCUCAAUGAUUUCCAUGAGAGUUUGUCGUUAUCAAUCUCUCGUCGUUGAUCGAUUACGUUCUGGUGUUGAAAGAUUGGAAUUUGAUUCAAUUCGUGCCCGUUUGGUGGUUUUUAGAUCAAUUGAGACGAAAUUGGAGGUUGUUGAGACAAUAAAGGCGACGGAGGCCUUGCAAGAUCUGAUCGAAGAAGCUAAGCUUCGAACGGUGUAUUGGGCACUUUGUAUCUUUGCAGUAUCUUACUUUCUGACUCACACGAGUAAAUCAAUGUGGAUGAAUAUUCCCAUAUCAAUACUAUUUGUUUCUGCAUUACGAAUUUUAUUUAAUGAGGAGGAAUUCCAUUGGAAAGUGAGGAAAAUUUAUCAGCAGACAUAUUUAUCACAUUUAGAAAAGACCGUGAAUGAUUCUCGUCUUUCAACAACGCUGCCACCACCAAAAUGGAAGAGAAAAAUUGACUCUCCAGUUGUAGAGGCUGCAAUAGAGGAGUUUGUUAAUAAGAUUUUGCAGGAUUUUGUUUCAGAUUUGUGGUAUUCAGAAAUAACACCUGACAAGGAGGUCCCUGAGCUCAUCCGUGCUGUAAUCAUGGAUGCCCUUGGUGAAGUAUCUGGAAGGGUCAAAGAGAUAAACCUCGUUGAUUUGGUAACAAGGGAUAUAGUUGACUUAGUAGGGGAUCACAUAGAUCUUUUGAGAAGAAACCAAGCUGCUAUUGGUGUGGAUGUAAUGGGAACACUGUCAUCAGAAGAAAGGGAUGAACGAUUGAAACAUCAUCUUAUUGAUUCAAAGGAGCUUCACCCUGCAUUGAUUUCUCCCGAGUGUGAGUACAAGGUUCUUAAGCAAAUUAUAGGUGGGUUGUUAGCUGUAUUGCUGAGGCCACAAGAAGCUCAAUGUCCCCUGGUUCGGUGCCUUGCUCGAGAGCUUGUAACUUGCUUGGUAAUGCUACCUAUUAUGGAUUUUGCAAGCCCUUGGUAUGUUAAUGAGUUGAUUGAGUGUAUUUUGCUUGCUAUUAAAGAUUAAGUGAGCAAAGCAGGGGACAACCAGUCACCUAAUGUAGUGGGUCAUACCAGUGGUCAUGCUGUUGCUGCAGAUGCCAUACAAAAUGAAUUUACUCCUAGGAAGAAUUCAUCUUCCAACAAUCAAGGGACUGACCUGAUGAUGUCAAGAUCUGACAAUCAGAAAGAGAUUCCCCUGGAUGCUUCAGAAAAUUUGUACUCUCGUUUAUUUGGUGAAGAACCUACGCAGUCGCGCCCUGCUGACUGGGCACGGAUAUUGGAGGCAGCAACCCAAAGGAGAACGGAGGUUCUGACGCCAGAAAAUCUUGAAAACAUGUGGACUAAAGGAAGGAAUUAUAAAAAGAAAGUUAAGAAGGUUUCUGCAGGAGGACUUCAGGCUCCUGCUGCCAAGGGUUCAGCAAGUAACAAUGCUGAACCUACGAAAAAUUCGGGGAAGGAUAUGUCAACCCACAGGUCUGUAAUUUCUUCUACAACAGAAGAUAAAACUCUAGUGCAGUUAUCAUCAGGAUUGCAUAUAGAGACUCGACUAAGUGAUGGGAAGAACAAUGUGGUGCAUUUAUCUCAUGGUCUAAACAAGCAACAAUUUUGGGGAACACCUCUUGUUGAUGAAUUGAAGGCUACCACUUCUCUUACUGACAUUGGGAAUAAAGGUGUACUUAAGAGAUCAAACAGCACUUCUGCUUCAAAUAUUCAAUCUAGUAUGGAAAAAGCAUUCCCAAGUGAGGGUGGUGUGUCCGUUAUUUCAGAGUUCUAUGGCCCAGAUUUUGGAAGGCAUAAUGAUAUUCGUAAUGCUGAGAGUGUUUCAGAUAUGGUGUUACGCAAUGAAGGAGUCCACACUCCCAAGCUUCGGUGCCGGGUUAUAGGAACAUACUUUGAGAAACUUGGGUCAAAUUCAUUUGCAGUUUACUCAAUUACAGUGACAGAUGCAGAUGAAAACACAUGGUUUGUGAAAAGAUAUAGGAAUUUUGAGAGACUACAUCGUCACCAUAAGGACAUUCCUAAUUAUACAUUACAUUUGCCUCCCAAAAGGAUAUUUUCCUCUAGCACUGAGGAUACUUUUGUUCAUCAGCGCUGCAUUCAGCUGGACAAAUAUCUGAGAGAUCUGCUGUCAAUAGCUAAUGUUGCUGAACAACACGAAGUGUGGGACUUUUUGAGUGCUUCCUCAAAGGAAGCUGCAAACAAAAAUAAAAUAAAAAACCAAAACAAAGGGGCAGCAUUUCGGAGGAGAUGGCUAGACAAGCAAGUAUUCGUUCACAACAACAAUGGGAGGAAAAGCAACAAUUUAGACGAGGUGUUGCAGGUCAUGGAUCACAAUACGAUGCAGGUGGUAGUUCUGGUGCAGGGGGUAGUGCCAAAAGGGUCAGGUAUUGCUAAUGUUUUUCGUCGAUCACAAUCUGUGCGUGAAACUGGUGGGAGUGGACGUAAUUGGAUUAAGCCCAAUGCUCCUGAAGCAAGGUUGAGGGCAAUGGAUGUAGAACUCCAAAAGAGCAAGAGUACAAAACAGCGAAAAAUCUCCACAAUGAAUUUACAGAAGCUAAAAGAGAGAUUGGGACGGGCAGUGUCCAAGUUUAUACUCUAUAAUCGUAUUCCAUUCAAUGCAGUUGAUUCAGAGUAUACACAACCCAUGCUUGAUGUUGCUGCUGAAGUAGGGCCAGGAGUAAAGGGUCCUAGUGCUUAUGAAGUUUCUGAAGUAUAUUUGGGCAUGGAGCAUGAUGAAAUGACAGAAUGGAUAGGAUCAUUCAAGGGAAUUUGGGCAGAGAGAGGUGUAUCCAUCAUGUGUGAUGGUUGGAGCAGUCUAACUCGGCAACACAUCAUCAACUUCUUAGUGUACUGCAAUAGAGGUACUAUAUUUCACAAAUCAAUUGAUGCCUCUAAUAUUGUUAGUAGGACUGCUGAAUAUUAUUUUGGGUUGUUAUAUAAAGUUGUUGAUGAAAUUGGAGAACAAUACGUUGUUCAAGUGGUAACUCAUAAUGAACCUGUACUGAAAGCAGCCGGUAAAAUGUUAAUGAGAAAAAGGAAACAUUUAUAUUGGACAGCUUGUUCAGCACAUUGUAUCGAUCUCAUGCUAAAAGACAUAGCCAAUAAGAAAAAUGUAGCAAAGGUGAUUGAAGAUGGUAAAACCAUCACCAAUUUCAUUUAUAAUAGUGGAUGGGUGUUGGAUUUAAUAAGAAAAUUCACUAGAGGUAGAGAAUUGAUUCGACCUGCCAUCACUCGAUUUGCUACAAAUUUUAUUGCCAUUGAGAGUAUUGUUAGAUAUAAACAACAAUUGAGAGCUAUGUUUAAUAGUGAUGAGUGGAAGAAUUCUAGAUGGGGGAAGGCAAAGACUGGGCAGCCUUACAAUGUGAAAAAAAUUAUUUUGGGAAAGGAGUUUUGGCAGAAAGCAACAGAGCUUUGUAAAGUUCAUGAGCCCCUAGUCAGAGUAUUGAGGUUGGUUGAUGGAGAUGAGAAGCCAACAAUGGGUUUCAUAUAUGAAACUAUAGAUAGAGCAAAGUUGGCAAUUAAAAGAGAUUGUCGCUACUACACCGAGUAUUGGAAAAUUAUUGAUACUCGAUGGUCUUUUCAAUUGCAUCAAGAUUUGCAUGCGGCUGAUUUGGUCUCAGAUGAUGAUGGUGGUGGUGGCAACGACAGCAAUGGCGAUGGCAGCGAUGGAAACGAUGGUGGUGGCACCCAUAGAUAUCAAGCUCGACGCACUUCUCAAAGCUCAACUCUUACUCCAACUCAAAGUGAUAAUAGUGGUGGUUUAACACCAUCUGAUGGAGAAGGUGAUGAUGGUGAUGGUGAAGGCACUUCUCACGGUGACGGUGGUGGUGGUGGCGACAAUGGUGGUAAUGUGGUGAUGGUGAAGGCACUUCUCACGGUGACGGUGGUGGUGGUGGCGGCGACAAUGGUGGUGAUGGCGGUGAUGGUACUAGUUUUGGUGCAGGAAGUGAAGAUUUUAUUGGAGGAUUUGGAUUAUGUGAUGUUGGGGAACAUUAUGAUAUUGGAGAACCUGUUGCACCUUUACCCCAACUACCUAAGAGUGAACGUGGAUGAUGCAGUGGAUGAUAUCGUACGCCAGUUCAAAGGGGUCUCAGAUGGCUUAAUGCGCAAAGUUGUUGGUUCAUCUUCCCCUCCACAUGAAGUGUCUCCUGCAAUUUCAAGCAGGAACUUAUCCUUUAAUGCUGAGAUGAUUAAACAAGUUUCAUGGCAAAAUAGCACAGAAUCAGCAAAAAGCAUUUCUGAUAAUGAUGAAGGUGAUAAAGAUGGUAUUAAUGAGCAUGAGGAAGUAGAACCUACUGUGGAAGCUAGUGGGUGGCAUUCGGACAAUGAAUUGAACACAAAGGGUUUUCCACCUAGGGUGGUUAAACGAGGUGAGGAGAUUAGAAGCUUAGAUCCUGAGAAGAAACACGGUUCAGAUAGAGAAUCUCCAUCGGUCAGCCUGGGUGGAUAUCCUGCCUCAGGUUUCCCAGUAUCCUCUGAUCACUUGGAGGAUCCGGUUGUAGCGCUACCAGAGUGGACAACACCUAAUGUAAGCUUACCUGUGUUGAAUUUAGUUGAUAAGAUGUUUCAGCUAAAGAGAAAAGGCUGGCUAAGAAGACAGGUCUUCUGGAUAUCAAAGCAAAUAUUGCAGUUAAUGAUGGAAGAUGCUAUUGAUGACUGGCUCCUGGGGCAAAUUCAGUGGCUUCGGAGAGAUGAUGUUAUUGCUCAAGGGAUUCAGUGGGUCCAAGAUGUUCUUUGGCCCGAUGGUACAUUCUUUCUGAGAUUAAAUAGUCAUACUGAAAUAGAUGAUUGUGAACCUCAUCAGCGAUCUUUUCAAACUACAAGGAGUAGGGCCUCUAAACUUGGUUCUUUUGAGCAGCAGCUUGAGGCUGCUCGUAGAGCUAGUGAUACCAAGAAAAUGAUCUUCAAUGGAGCUCCAACUGCUCUCGUCAGCUUGAUUGGGCAUAAGCAGUAUCACCGUACCGCAAGAGAUAUAUAUUAUUUCCUUCAGUCUACAAUCUGUUUGAAGCAACUAGCAUAUGGAAUACUUGAACUGGUACUCGUUUCAGUUUUCCCUGAGCUGCGGGACCUUGUGCUGGAUAUUCGUCAGAAGAUGCACACCCAAGCCGAAUAGCAAGAGUUUCCAUUUUUCUUCACACUUACCCAUCAUUCGUUCCGAGAGUGGAUAGUUAAUUUCCCGAUAACCCUGAGGGUCAAAAGAUGCAUUCAUCCAAGAUUGGCAAGAUAAACUGACUCGGAUAUUCAUCGCCCCUUGACUGCUUUGUGGUGAUUUUCUUUUCCUCAAUGGAGAGAGAAAUGGGAUUUUGAUAAAUGUACAAAAAUCGCUUCUAGGAUGUGGGAAAUAGUUUUUAUGUAUCCCUGUCUUCUAACGGUACAGGAAUGGACAAUUAGAAUUUGUAUAGAAAGUCCUCUUGCUGAAAAUACUGAUUUACUUGAACAAUGCAAAAUUCCCAUCGAAGGGUGUGUUGUUCAAGUAAAUCAGUAUUUUCAGCAAGAGGACUUUCUGAAUAAAAAAUUACAACCAGUGCUGGUCUCUCUAUUCGUUCCCCAUGUUAGUAAUUUUUCUUUUUUUGAAAAAAUAAAUAAAAAUUUCGGAUUGCUUUUAUU